AUGGAGAAAGAGUUCCGAAAGCUAAGUUUACGACCAUCCAAGAUUGACUUAUCGACUAUACAUGAGAAUGACAUAUCUCGAGAGAAUCUCAAACUACUGCAUAAACAACAACUACUAGCCAAAUAUAUCGACAAGGAGGCACGAGAAAAUACCGAUGAUUUUGACGGUGAGGAGUUUGACUUUUCUACAACUGAUGGUGAUCAGCAAGCCAUGGAUUUUGAUAGAAUUGUACGGGAUAAAGUGGAAUCACAGAAUCGAGAAAAGACGUUUAAGGUUUCUCCGAAUCGGUUGAAAUCCGCUAUGAAAACACCAACUUCCAACCACUUCCUUACGCUGAACAAAGAUUUUAAAUCUCCUAGAAUUGAUUCCAUAUCUUCAUCGUCUUCUAAAACUCCGUCAUCAAUUAAUUCUUAUUCGGAAAGUGACACUGAAAACAGUGAUUAUAUGGUUGAUUUUGAUGAAUUCCAAGAUCCUGAACCAGAAAUCGAUUUGAUCAAGAACUUUAAUAGGAGACAAAUGGAGGCAAAGAGGGCGGCAGAAUUGGCAAGACUUGAAAACCUUGCCAAAUAUAAGAAGAUGAAGAAUAAUGUGCUUCAUAAUAACAAUAGACUGUCGAAAUAUUACGACAAAGUCGACAAUGACUUCAUAGAUGAUUUCUCUAAAGAUAAAGCCUUUGAAUCCGUGGAAAUAGACACUUCUAAAUUGGAUCGAUUUAAAUCCAACACUCCUGCCUUCUCCGCGUUAGAAAGGAAAUCGUCCCUACCGGCAAUCAAAAUGGGAAUGGCCACCGGGUUAGAGGGUUCACCUCGGAAGAUUCACAGGUUUUCUUCGACAAUGGAUAUAAAUAACAACACUUACAACCAAAAGACAUUUACUCCAGCAGAUACACUAAGAGUAGCUUCCGAGCUAAAGGCAUUUAACGGAAAAGAGCUUGAUAAUAUUGAUGAUUUUGACUUAACAAUCACGUAUUCGGAUUAUAAGAAAUUGAAACGCAAGAGUCAAAAGUUUGAUUUGUCAAAAUAUACAGAACCCACGUCUCAUCGAAAUCAUAAUCACCACCAUAGCUCAAAACAACAAAACAGUGAUCAAAAACUAAUACACUUGACUCCGCAAAAUGUCUCACAAACUGCCAAGUUGACGAAAGAAGGAAAGCUCAAACUCAUACGCUCGUUAGGGAGACCUAAGGUUAGGAAAGUAAUGCCUGGUCAUAUGUAUGGUGAAAUAGUGUACGAUCCACAAUUGAAGAAAUGGAUGGGUAACGAGGAGGAUGCAGAAAAAUUCGAGUCAAUAACAUCGUCGAAACCCAAACUGAUAAACAAUAAUUCCAUGCCACAGGUUGUUGGUAAUAUGAUAUAUGAUGAUAAAAAAUUACGUUGGAUCAGCAUGACUGGAAAUUAUGAAGAUGAUCCGUUUGACGAAGACUUUGAUACCACGAUAAAACUGACCGAAAAGAAAGCCAGUACUAAAAUAGGAAAAGGCACUGGUGGUAGCGCUUUUGGGAGAUUGGUGCCAUCAGAGUCUACAAUAUCUAUAUCUGAAAACCUUAAGAAUCCCAACAACCAUUUUAGGGUCCAUCCUGAUAUGUAUAAAAGCUGGAAGAAUGAAGAGGAAAGGUGGGUUAGAAAAGUUGGAAACUGGUUUCCAAAUGAUGAACAUGCUCAUGAAUUCAAAUAUGACCUUAAGAUUUUUUUGAAUCAACAAUGA